CACCUACUUCACGCGGGGCCGCAACUAAUGCUAAGUGUACUUAGACUCCGAUUCUGGCCGCUUGGAGGUAGAAGCGUGAUCAGAAACAUCGUACAUAGAUGCCAGAAAUGCUUUCGAUGUAAACCCACUUCAGUGCAACAAUUUAUGGGAGAUUUACCAGCAGCUAGGGUUACCGUAUCCCGCCCGUUUUCUGACGCAGGAGUCGACUACUUUGGCCCUGUUUAUUUACGCCCAAUCCCACGACGUGCUACAGUUAAGGCCUACGUAGCAGUUUUUGUUUGCCUUUGUACGAAGGCAGUUCAUCUGGAACUAGUGUCAGAUUUAUCCACUGACAGGUUCCUGCAGGCGCUUCGCAGAUUUGUGGCGAGGAGAGGACUGUGUACUAACAUUUACUCCGACAAUGGCACUAAUUUCGUCGGUGCACGCAACCAGUUGAAGGAUCUGCUGAAGCUGCUGAAGAGCAAUGAUCAUAACAGCGCCGUAUCCAAGGAGUGUGCCAAGGUUGGAAUUCAGUGGCAUUUCAUACCACCGAGUGCCCCGCACUUCGGUGGUUUAUGGGAAGCGGCCGUACGAUCAACCAAACACCAUUUGCUGCGUGUAAUAGGAGAAUCACCCGUGUCUCCGGAGGACUUUACCACACUUCUUACCCAGGUCGAAGCUUGCCUCAACUCUCGCCCCCUUACGCCUCUCUCUGACGACCCCAAUGACCUCGAACCACUGACGCCCGCCCAUUUUCUGAUCGGCACAUCCCUGCUAUCCAUUCCGGAGCCCGAAUUGGGUUCACUUCCGAACAAUCGCCUUAAUGCCCUGCAACUCAUCCAAAAAAGAUUGCAGGAUUUCUGGAAGAGAUGGCGCAGAGAAUAUUUAUGCCAGCUACAGUCUAGGAAUAAAAGAUUCAAAUCAGGGAUUCAAAUAGAAGUAGGCAAGCUGGUCGUCAUCAAAGACGAUAAUCAGCCUCCGAUGAAGUGGAGAAUGGGGCGAAUCAGCGAUAUCCAUCCUGGCAGUGACGGAAUUGUCCGCGUUGUUACACUUAAAACUGCCAAUGGAUCAUUAAUUCGACCUAUUGAGAAGCUUUGUUUCCUGCCGCUUCCAGAAGAGGACGACAGGCCAAGUGGAACAACAAACCACCCACAGUAGAAUCAUCCCUAUCCACCAUCCCAUCCCGGCGAAGAGGAUCUGUUUUUUCUCUUUUCAGAAAUUUGACAAUCUCAGGAUGGGUGAGGAUGUUUAGUAAUAGCAAAAUCAUCCCACUAGCUACAACCCUGCUAUCACUACUCUGCGAAAAAUAUCGUCUCCGUCCUGAUGUUGCUGCACAAGUUCAGACGAUCGGUAGCAAGGCAUUCCCAUUGUUCGUAUACACCAAUGGAUCCAGCAAGGCAACUUCAUCAUCGCAAUAUCGACGGAGGCUGUACGCCAACUCGGGUGGU